UUGAUUUGCUACAACUGACUCUCAUAAAAGCAGCUUUUCACACUUCUAAAAGGAAAAAAAAAACUCAUUCUUCAUUUACAACAUUACAAAAAUCUCUCUAUAAUAACAUAACCAAUUAACAAUUCACGUUUUCAUAGCAAGAACCUAAAUCUUCUUCUAUUUUUUCGUAAUUUUUACAAAUUUUGAGUUAUGAAGAGAUUGCUAGUAAGAGUUUUACUUCAUCGGAGAAGAAAAGGAAGAAUUUUCAGCAGAGCGAUUUCAAACCUCUGUAAAUUGGGACAUUUUCUAAAACAGAGUACAAAUAGACUCUGUUUUGGCAGACCCAAUUCGGGUUACAUCCGGGUCGGGCAAGAACCGAUUGCUUCGAAGCAGGUGAGUGUACCGAAGGGGCAUUUGGCUGUGUAUGUGGGUGAGAAGAAAGAUGACACGUGUAGAAUAAUGGUGCCUGUGAUUUACUUUAAUCAUCCUCUGUUUGCUGAAUUGUUGAAGGAAGCAGAGAUGGUUUAUGGGUAUAAUCAUUCGGGUGGGAUCCAAAUACCCUGUCGGGUAUCCGAAUUUGAGAACGUUAAAUCAAGAAUCGCCGCCAUGGGUGGUGGUGGAAACAGCCGUGGAGAGCGGAGCUGGAAGGGCAAGUAGUGAUUUAGUUUUAUGUUACAUGCUUUGAAACUUGAAAGGAAUUUUAUUUGUACAAAUUUUUGUUUAACUUUUUAGCCCAAUUCUCAAAUGCUCGUAGUUUUUCAAAUUAAGUUAAUAGUCAAAAUCACAUCUGAAUUAUUACGCUUUUUUCGUGAAUUUCACAUUUUAAUUAUAUCUCAUUACUUUUUUCUUUUAA